AAUUGAGACCACGGUUGGUGCCAUGGGUGGAAACACCCCGGGGGUCUUCCUCACCAACUGGAAGUAUGCUCGUCAUGUUGACCCGAGUGUCACCAGCUAUCGAGGCGAGACCACGUUGCGGCAAAAGAUUGAUCAGCAUCCCGAGCGUCAGCAAGUUGAGGCAGAAAUGGAAUACUGCAUGGCUCAUGACGUGUGCAGUCUUGGGGUAUGUAUGAUUGAGAUUAUCACCUGGGAAAGCUUGUUGCUCGCGGCCGAGCAUCCCACCGUGUCCAAAAGCUUCAUAGCGGCAUUAAAAUUCCUCAGUCUAUAAGUGGGCCCUUUUGAACCUUAUACCGAGCACGCAGGCCAG